GUUCCUGUAUAUAAGACUGUGACCUGGCUAAUGAGCAUAUUUCCCUGAGCAGGCCUGGAAGCGGAGGAGUGGCAGGGUCACCCGGGCUGCCUGAGAAGAAAGGAUGCAGAGCAGGGCUGGUCUGAUUGUCUGUGCCCUCUCCCUCCUCACAGGCUUUCUGAUGAUUUGCUUGGGGGCCUUCUUCAUCUCCAACUCCAUAUUCCACUCGCAGAGGAGUCUGGUUGUGGCCUAUGCGCUUCUGCCUAUGGGGUUUGUGGUCCUUCUGAGUGGAAUUUUCUGGGGCACCUACCGCCAAGCAAAUGAAAACAAACAGAUGUUCAACCAUGUGCUCAGACAGCACCUUCCUUCCCAGGACCUGCCCCUGGCCACUAUAGACAGGCCCGACUUUUACCCCCCAGCUUAUGAAGAGAGCCUGGAUGCUGAGAAACAGCCCUGCCCUACAGGCAGAGGGUUCCUAGGAUUUCCUCCUCCUUUGUAUACGGAGACAAGCCUUGAACUUGAAGAUGAAAACGACCCGCAACCAGAGGCCCCACCACCCUACCAAGAAAGCACAGCAGAUGCAGCCAUUACAGCAAAGUCAUGGGAUGCUGAGGGGCCAAGCAUAGUGCUAAAGGCGGGGCCUGCUCUCCAGCACUCAGAACUCACCAGCUGCACAGAAGAAAGGCUGGCCAGGGACUAGGAAGCUGCUCUGCCACCCUGCACUGGGUCAAGGACACCGUGGGUUC